GCGAUCGAUGCUGACGUACGUGUCCAGCACAUAAUCGCUGAUGACCGCACAUAAUCACACGCAACCGUGCACCUUUCGACUGGAGAAGAUGGUGCACCUUUGAGUGAGUUCUGAGUCGCCACUUCCAGUUCUUCCACGUAGAUCGCAAGUGUAUCACUAUCAUUUUCGAUCGACCAUGGACAGCAGCCCGUUAUUCGCCCCCAACUGCACUCUACUGAGCGACAAGGUCAUCACCGGCGUCGUACAGCGCGUCGCUCCACUUCACGGUCGCUUCGACCACGAGUGCAGCUUCAUCGCUCCAACGCGUCUGCCUCCUCUUGAGUCCCUUACGGACGAGACACAGCCAAGCCCAACGCAAACGCCUGUAAGCGGUCGCAAGCUGAAGAUCUUGACGUCUCGCCGUGAGCGAUGCAGAAUCAACCAGGCCAGAUACAGAAAGAGACAGCGACAACACGCAGAAGAUCUGGACGACAGUAUUCGUCAGCUGAAAGAAGAGAUCCAGGAUCUAGAAAUCCAGAAGCACAACGUCUUGAGGAGCGCACCGACUGAUAAAAAUGUGUGGGUAGUGGCCACCGAAUACUUUCGACACUUUCGCCACGGCUAUAAUGCGUGUGACGUGCUUCUAUUUACCUCCACCGCGAGGACAAAGCAGCAUCUACAGCUCGACUUUCUCAAAGCUACUAUGGCUCCGGAGGUGACCGAUGGCGACCUCAUUGGAGCCGAAGUGUUGCUUGAGAGCUGGAGACGCUUUUCGCUCUACCAUGGCGACGUGAACGUUGAGCUCACGCGUCUGGAGCAAGUCUCGAGGGACUCGCUCUUUGCGACCACUCAGACCAGUAUCACCAUUACCCAGAAUACUCUGCGGUUCUUGUACCCGCAUCUUGUCAAUGUCAACGACGAUUCACAUGAAGCGGCAUUGGCUUUGAAGCUGCUGGACCAGCGUCUGGUGGUACAUGGAUCAGUGUGGUUUGACUGGGACAGUACAACAGGUCGCGUCGUGAGGCUGGAGUCCAAGCUUGACUUGCUGACGGCGAUGCUGAGGCUAUUGGGCGAUCUCGAGAGCGUUGUUCGCGUAUUUGACGAAGCGUUGAUAACCCUAGACGGCAGGCUAGUGGCAGAAGGCGAUAGUGCACCCCACUCACCAAAAAUUGCACCAUUCUUUCGUUAAGUGCCGAGUAGGUAACAGCUAAUGAAUGUUUUUCGAUGUAUUAGAUACUACUUCGUAUAAUUGAUACGAUAAACUUAAAGCAAUCUGUUUCGAUACCUA